AUCUCAUACUCAUUGAACAACGGCUAUUUCUAUUAGACCGAGAAACAAAGUAGAGCUGAUGACUCUUCAUCAUCUAUCCACGCAUCUCAAUGGGGUUCAUUUGAUUCAUCCACAAAGUCCGAGACUUUCAUCAAUAUCUCCAUUCUCUGUGUCGCUCCCUUCGAUUCCACACCGAACCCAGUUCCAAAGUUUGGUUCUUUGUGCAAGGAGGAGGAGGAAGAAAAGAGCCGGGCACGGAAGAAUUGCGAGGCUUAUGUUCAAGUCUCUGUCUUUACUGUCUACUAAUCUCCAGAUUCUACCGCAGCCGUUGGAUCUCGUCAUUGCUGAUUUAGGCGGAGGAAGAGGAGGUGGUGGUGGUGGGUCUUGGAGAGGAUGGGGGAGAUUCGAUGGGUGGAGAAGGAAACCGAACAGAGUACCAAUUUUGAUUCUCGUUUGUGUAAUGCUGUGGAUUUAUGGUUACUGCAAAGUCUCUGGGAAGGUGAUAAAGAGUGAUGAGAUUCUCAAGGUUUUAGGAGCUUGCGUGCUUGGUAUCAGUUUGGUGAAAGAGCUCAAGAGAGAAGCUAGAUCGUUGGUCUUUGUUUUUCUCAGUUUGAUUGCUUCAUUUGUUUUUGGAUUCAAGAAAGAGAGUUUAGUCAAGUUAGCUUCUCAAGUCAGGUCUUGUUCUUCUUCGGUUCUUCUUAGUAAGAGGAGAUCUCGUAGAAGAGUUUAA